ACAGAGAGAGAAAAUCGACAGCGAGAAAAGAAAAAGAGACAUUUGUUGUUGUUCUUGGAGUGUGGAGGAGGACGGUUGUUAAUCCAAAGGAAACCCAGUGCCCAUCCACCUUGGUUGAGUCUCUGCGAGAGAGACAGAGAGAGAGAGAUUCUUUUUUUCUGAAAUUCCUUCUCUCUCUCUCCCUUGGUUGGUUCUCUCUGGAACGGAGAGGAAGGAGGAGGGGAAGGGAGAGUUUUGCUUUCUGGGAUUUUUUUUAUUCUCAUUUUUCAAUUUUCCCCCCUUCUUUCAUCUGGAGCUUCAGAGACGCAGAGGUGGAAGAGAAGCUCAAAAGUUAGGGCUUUUUUUUGUUGUGGGUAGAGCAGAUAUAGCCAUGCAUGUCAUGCGUCGCCUUAAGAGCAUUGCUUCUGGCCGCUCCUCCAUUUCUGAUCCGGGUGGGGAUUCUGGGACGAAAAGGGCAAAAAUUGAUCAAGAAGUAGAACAGAAUGUUACUGGGGAAUCUCACUCAGAGGAGAAAUCAACCACAGAGAUAGAACAACACAUGGCUUCUGCUACUCUUGAAACUGCCGCAGGAACAUCUGAUAUUUCUUCUAUUUCUAAAACGGAAAAAUCUGGAUAUGAUCAGCUUCCGAAAGAAAUGCGUGAAAUGAAAAUAAGAGAUGAUAAAGCUGACAGCCUUGAUGAGAAGGAUAUAGAAGCUUCUGUGGUGAAUGGUAAUGGGACAGAGACUGGUCAGAUAAUAGCAACGACAAUAGGUGGUCGAAAUGGUCAGCCAAAACAGACGAUCACAUACAUGGCAGAACGUGUAGUGGGCACUGGUUCCUUUGGUGUUGUCUUUCAGGCAAAGUGCCUGGAAACAGGUGAAGCAGUUGCUAUAAAAAAGGUCUUGCAAGACAAGAGAUACAAAAACAGAGAACUCCAAAUCAUGCGGUUGCUUGACCAUCCUAAUGUAGUUCAGCUGAAGCAUUGUUUCUCUUCUACUACUGAAAAGGAUGAGGUGUAUCUUAACCUUGUCCUGGAGUAUGUGCCUGAGACAGUUUACCGAGUUUCAAAGCACUAUACAAGGAUGAGUCAACAUAUGCCCCUAAUCUAUGUGCAGCUUUACACUUACCAGAUCUGCCGUUCUCUUAAUUACACUCAUAGCGUUAUUGGUGUGUGCCAUCGUGAUAUUAAGCCACAAAAUUUGUUGGUUAAUCCCCACACUCAUCAACUAAAACUGUGUGAUUUUGGAAGUGCAAAAAUGUUGGUGCCAGGUGAACCUAAUAUAUCAUACAUUUGUUCACGGUACUAUAGGGCACCGGAACUGAUCUUUGGCGCCACAGAAUACACAACAGCAAUUGAUAUAUGGUCUGUUGGUUGUGUAUUAGCUGAGCUUCUUCUAGGGCAGCCUCUCUUUCCUGGAGAAAGUGGAGUUGAUCAGCUUGUGGAAAUCAUAAAGGUUCUGGGGACGCCAACCAGAGAAGAGAUCAAGUGCAUGAAUCCAAACUACACAGAGUUCAAGUUUCCUCAGAUCAAAGCACACCCAUGGCACAAGGUCUUUCGCAAGCGGAUGCCUCCUGAAGCAGUUGAUCUUGUAUCAAGGCUGCUCCAGUAUUCACCAAAUUUGCGUUGCACUGCUUUGGAGGCAUGUGUGCAUCCGUUCUUUGACGAGUUGAGGGAUCCAAAUGCACGCUUGCCAAAUGGACGCAACCUUCCACCAUUGUUCAAUUUCACGCCCGAAGAACUAGCAGGAGCAUCUCCUGAGCUGCUUCAGCGCCUCAUUCCUGAGCAUGUGAAGAAAUAAAAUUCUGAAUUGGCGGUAUGAUUCUCGCAGUAGUUAAUAUAUAUGGGCAGGAAGCCAAAUGGCUUGUAUGGUCUCGUUGCUUGCCGUGUUACUGGAUCCAAAACCCAACAGGCUUUAGUCCUGGAGAUGGGACAUGGUGAAGCAAGGCAGACAAUGAGGACAGUUAGUAAGAGAUGGGAGGUGGAUUUCAAUUGGAGGUUCUAGCUCUGGAUUUAUCGGCGGAGUUAUGAGAUGCACAGAAUGCAAAUUGAGAUCAAGGUGCAUGCUACAAUAUAUCUAUACCUUGUAUUAUUGUUACAUAAUAACAAUAGGUGGCACUAUGGUAGCUGUUUAGUUUUACACGUACGUAACUGUAGUAUUCUCUAGUACUAGUAUAUAUUUAUAGUUUCAUCA